AUGCAAAUGAUUUUAGUGUUCAUAGCAAUCGCAAUAUGCAUAACAGAGAAUGUCUCUGUUGAUUUUCGGACACCUGAUGGACAAAUUCUCCUACCUGAGCGUAUUCCAUCAACACCUGUCUUAUUUAUGGAGUUUAAAGCAUUCUCAAGAAAGUUCAGACUCAUGCUUAAUGACUCCUCGCAUUGCAUCAAUGGCAUUACAAUGAAAAAAAGUCUGUGCGACUUUUCAAUAUCAUCCCAAUCUCAAGAUGAUUGUUAUGGCUCCUUAUCAUUCUGUGGAGAAAUCAGUGGCAAAUUCAUUUUAGGUCAAUAUAUAUAUAACAUCAGAUCAACAAUGGCCAGUCACAUUCACAUAAGCCAAGUAGAGUAUCCUGUAAGUAAUCCAAAUAAAAUUAAUGAACUGAUCAGUACAGUAUCUACAGCCAAGGUUACAAGUGAUACACAAAAGAGAUUACCGAUAUUUCUAAUCAAUGAUUUUGAACGUGUGCAAGAAGUCGGUCCCAGCAUCAAUCAAGAUACAAUGCAAAUGUUUAAUAUCUCAAAAAAAAUACUUGAAAAAAACAAAUGGAAACGAUACAACAUAAACCUGAAGUUAAAUGGAAUACUAAAUGUUGUACAUUCUCCAUUAAAUGUGAGACAAACAAAUGUGCCUUGGGCUCAGACAAUAUCUGAAGAUCACACUGAAGGUCUUGAGCAGUUUGAUAACAUCAGAAUGUUAAAAACAUUCAGCGACAUGUUUAGAUCAAUCGACAAUAAAGAAGAUAUGAUGGGGAAACUAAUGGACCAGGCUGGCUUGAUUGUUCUUCUCCAACCGUCUGGAAGCAUUGUCAGCGGAUUGACUUUUUCCAAUGGAUUUGGAUCCUCUGAUAGACGAUUCAGCAUUGUCAGGAUAUCAGGCACCGACUCCUACUUCCAUCAGGGAAAAGUUCUAGCGCAUGAAAUAGCACAUUCAAUUGGUGCAAAUCAUGAACUGGGAACGAAGUGUCUGAUGAAACCAGAAGAUAGUCCUGUUGAUAAUGAUGAAGAUGCAUUUCUGAGCAAUAAAGCCAUAGAUGCUAUGGAACACUUUCUUUACAAAAAUAAAAUUCGCACGGAUACAAUCAAUACGUGUGGAAACGGAUUGAUAGAUGAUGAUAAAGAAUGUGACUCAGGCUUAUAUGCUGGGUCAUUGUGCUGCACAAAUAGAUGCAGACUGAGGUCAGGAGAAUUGUGUAGUAAUUAA